AUGUUGUCUUUCGUUCGUCAGAACGGUCUGCGCUACCAGUCUCCGAUGGGCUCUCAGAAAAUUGAUGUUUUGUUCACUAACAUCAAGCACCUCUUCUUCCAGCCUUGUGACAAGGAACUUAUGGUUAUUGUUCACAUUCAUCUGAGAGCACCUAUCAUGAUUGGGAAAAAGAAAGCACAUGAUAUCCAGUUUUUCCGUGAGGCUUCUGACGUUCAGUUCGAUGAGACUGGCAACCGGAAGAGAAAACACAGAUACGGCGAUGAGGAUGAAAUCGAGAUGGAACAACAAGAACGAAAGCGAAGACAAAUGCUCAACAAAGAGUUCAAACUCUUUGCCGAGCGAGUAGCCGAGGCAGCAUCGACGUCUAUGGGUGAAACACUCGAAGUUGACAUCCCCUUCCGUGAAUUGUCGUUCGAGGGAGUGCCGUUCCGCACCAACGUCCGAUUGCAGCCCACAACAGAAUGUCUCGUGCAUCUCAUCGACCCUCCAUUCCUUGUUGUCACCCUCAACGAGAUCGAGAUUGCUUCGCUGGAACGUGUUCAAUUCUCGCUUAAACAAUUCGAUCUCGUACUCAUCUUCAAAGAUUUCACCAAAGCGCCGUUACACAUCAAUUCAAUACCGAGUGGUCAACUUGAUGAUGUGAAGAAUUGGCUAGACUCGGUCGACAUUCCUCUCGGUGAAGGCCCGGUCAACUUGAACUGGAGUCCUAUCAUGAAGACUAUCAAUGAGAGCCCGUGUGAUUUCUUCCAGCAAGGCGGUUGGCGAAGUUUCCUCGGUGGGGGUGAUGCCGAUAGCGAUGCAGACGUGGGUUCGGACAGCGAAUCUGAGUUUGAGGCAGAUCCUGAGGAACUGCAGUCUGAGGAGAGCAGCGCUGAUGCUAGUGAGUAUGAUGGCUCAGAUGCGAGCGACGACUCAGGAAGUGGUUCGGGUUAUGAUGAUGAUAGCGAUGACGGUGAUGACUGGGAAGAGCUAGAAAGGAAAGCUGCUAAAUCCGAUUCAAAGCGAGCCGCCGAGGCAAAGGGAACUCGCGGAGACUCCGAAUCAGAUGAUGACCGACCUAAAAAGAAGAAGGUCGCUGCUAAACCCAAGACGAACGGCAAAAGCAAGAAGCGGUGAUCCUUGAUGUGGACUUAUCAUGAUGAAUAU